UCUUGAUUCAGCUUGUUGCAGCAGCUCAGGAGUCGCUAUCGCAAAAUGUACUUAGCCAAUGAUCAACAAAGAGACGCCACUACUACCAAUUAUUGGCGACGCAUACCACUACCAAGCCUACGCCAGUAGAUAUUAUAAUAAAUACUCAGAUGCUCCUCGACGCCGUUCUUCUUGGGCUCGUUGCCUUCGUCAACGUUCGCAUCUACAGAAACGGCGCAGCCACAGACGAAUGUGCGAUAGCAUUGGUUGUGACCAGCCCCGCUUUUCAAAUGUGCUUGCGAAUAUGAAUUCGGGCUGAUGGGUCUCAGUCUCUUUCUGGCGUCGGACAAGCGCAGCUAUGUGGAGACAUUCGAGCUAGGUGGAGACUACCUCCUCUACCACAUGCUUACAAAGUAGGAACGAAAGCCGUGGGAUCCAGCUGUGGGUUAGGUGGUCUGCGUAGUACCUCUAAGGUGAGCCUGGAUACUUAUGGAGGUGACACUUAUCCGGUAGGGUAGGCGCAGCUUCGUUUGGCAGACGAGUUCGCUGUCGGCGAUAGACCCUCUUCUAGCGCGAAUGAUGUUCGUGAUGAAAUCAACGCUCACGGCUAUGGCGGGCGUGAAGUAGCGCGGAAGUAAAAAGAGUGAAAGAGGUGUUUGGAAACGACCACCAUUCCUUCCUCCGCAUUCUUGCGAAUUUUACCAAGUGAAAAAAAAAUGUCCUCCUCUAUCCCGUCCUGGAUUAGCACUUGCCUUUCUGGGCUUGUGUAUCUCUUUUUCACGAGCACAAACACGUUAGUGACGAAGGCACUGAAAGAG